GGCGAGGGGGCGUCCGCGCCUGCGCAGAGAGCGCGCCAGGCCGAGGGGUCUCGCCUGCGCGUUUCCCAUCCACGCAGUGUGCUCGCGGGUGCGACAGUGGGGAGACCGCGCGGGGACUACAGCUCCCACCGGCCCGCGGCGGAGGCCGGAAGCCCAGAGUGCGGAAGAGGGGGAAGGAGGGCGGAAGAAGAGUGCGGAAGAGGGGGAAGGAGGGCGGAAGAAGAGUGCGGAAGAGGGGGAAGGAGGGCGGAAGAGAGGGAAACACGGCGGAAGAAGAGGACGGAAGAGGGCGGGAGCGCGCCCUCCCCGCCCCGCCCCGGCACCGCCCUCGUCCCGUGUCGCGGCCGCCUGUGGCGUCACCGGUGUCGGUGUCGUGGAUGCCGUCUCCCCGGCCGGCCCCGAAGCCCCAGCGCCCGCCGCGGAGGAGACAGAAGAUGACAUCCAGUUCGUGAGUGAAGGACCAUUAAGACCUGUUCUUGAAUACAUUGAUCUGGUCAGCAGUGAUGAUGAAGAGCCUAGCACCUCACAUAGUGAGGAGAAUUUUAAACUUAAAGAUUAUAUCGACCAUCAGAAGGAUAAAGUUGCUUUAACUCUAGCUCGUCUAGCCCACCAUGUUGAAGUGGAGAAACAGCAAAAAGAAGAGAAGAAUAGAGCAUUCAGGGAAAAAAUCGAUUUUCAGCAUGCCCAUGGGUUACAAGAAUUGGAAUUUAUUCAAGGACAUUCUGAUACAGAAGCAGCAAGACUGUGUGUGGACCAGUGGCUAAAAAUGCCAGGACUCAAGGCAGGCACGAUUAAUUCUGGAACAAGAAGUUCAUUUCGAAGAGGCGGUCAGAUACAAAAGUCUGGGAAACCAAUUUCAUGUCCUAUCAUGCACUGUAACAGGGAAUUCGACAAUGGGCACCUUCUCUUGGGACAUUUGAAGAGGUUUGAUCACUCUCCGUGUGAUCCAACAAUUACAUUACAUGGACCCUUCACCAGUUCUUUUGCUUGUGUAGUAUGUUAUCGACAGUUUGUUACUCAGCAGCAAUAUAGGGAGCACCUGUUUGCUAAGGAAGGUGCAGAUGAUGGACACAACAGCAAUCUCCUUCCUCAGAUGAUUCAGUGUUUCGCGUGUCCAAAUUGCUUCCUCCUUUUUGGCAGCAAGGAUGAUUGUUUGAAGCAUAUGUCUGGAAAGAAUCAUUUCCAUCAGAGUUUUAAACUAGGUGAUAACAAGGGAAUGGCACAUCCAAUACCAUUUCCAUCUUUUGCAAAGAAACUUUUGAUCUCUCUGUGUAAAGACGUUCCUUUUCAAGUGAAGUGUGUCGCCUGCCACCAGACACUGCAUUCCCACAUGGAGCUCACUGCCCAUUUCAGGAUGCGUUGUAGAAAUGCUGGACCUGUAGCGAUAGCUGAAAAAAGCAUUACCCAAGUUGCAGAAAAAUUCCUAUUAAGAGGUUAUUGUCCAAAUUGCAACGAAGUCUUUGUGGAUGAAACCAGCACCCGAACUCACAAGCAGAAUUCAGGACACAAAAUCCGGGUCAUUAACUCAGUGGAAGAAGCAGUCUUACUUUACUGCCAUAGCAGUGAAAGGAAUAAAUCUCCUUCUGACUUGAAUUUACUGUUAGAUCAUCCAAAAAUUUCAUCACUUAAAAGAGCUGUGUCUGUUAAAGAAUCUGGCUCACAGGACUGCAGUACCAUUCCAAGGAAGAAGAUGAGUUUAGAAGAUAAAAGCCAGGAAAGGAUGCUUUUUGUCCAGAAGCAAAAGUCAGUAGUUAAAACUUGGUUUUGUGAAUGCAGUCAGCGGUUCCCAAGUGAAGAUGCAGUAGAGAAGCAUGUUUUCUUGGCAAACACAAUGUGUUACAAGUGUGUGGUCUGUGGAAAGGUAUGUGAAGAUUCAGGAGUUAUCCGUUUACACAUGAGCCGGAUUCAUGGAGGGGCACAUUUAAAUAACUUUCUUUUUUGGUGUCGGACAUGCAAAAAGGAGUUAAGAAGGAAAGAUACUAUUAUGGCACAUGUGACUGAAUUUCAUAAUGGACACAGAUAUUUUUAUGAGGUGGAUGAGAUAGAAGAUGAAACUUUGCCGUCAUCUUCUAUGGUGAGUAAUUUGGUUGCUAACAAGGCCCCUUCAGCUGUUACUGUUGUAGAUCAUUUUCUGACAAACAGCCCCCCAAGGGGUAAAUGGCAGUGCCGAAUUUGUGAAGAUAUGUUUGAUUCCCAGGAAAGUGUAAAACAGCAUUGUAUGUCUUUGGCAAGUCACCAGUUUCAUAGAUACAGCUGUGCUCACUGCAGAAAGACUUUCCACAAGAUAGAAACGUUACAUAGACACUGCCGAGACGAACAUGACAGUGAGAUAAAGAUCAAAUUCUUCUGCGGGCUUUGUGAUCUUAUCUUUAACGUGGAAGAAGCAUUUCUAACUCAUUAUAAGGAGCACCACAGCAUAGAUUACGUGUUUGUGUCAGAAAAAACUGAACCUUCUAUUAAAACUGAGGAGGAUUUUUCAGUUGUAGAGACCAGUAACCUGUUAACCUGUGGCUGCCAUGAGAGUUACAUCUGUAAGGUCAACAGAAAGGAAGAUUAUGGUAGAUGUCUCCAAGUCAUGUUGGAUAAAGGUAAACUAUGGUUUUGCUGCAGUUUGUGUUCAGCAACAGCACAAAAUUUAGUUGACAUGAACACUCACGUCCGUCAGAUGCACAGAGACGAGAAGAGUGAAGAGCAGCAGCCGUACGUCAUCAAGUGCGGCAUCUGCACCAAAGCCUUUCACAAUCCUGAGAGUGCCCAGCAGCACUUCCACAGGAAACACGCCUUCUUCCAGAAAGCCAGCCUGGCUCCGUUUGGACCUGAAAAAGGAAACACAUACAAGUUCACUGCCAGUGCCUCACAUGCAGAGGAAAAACUGAAACAAGCAGUGAGCUGUCCAAGAAAUUCAGAUUCGGAGAAAGGAGCCGAAGACGACUUAAGCUGCCAGAUUACAGAGGAAGAAGUUGAGCUUCCAGAUUUGGAUUACUUGCGAACCAUGACUCAUAUAGUCUUUGUAGAUUUUGAUAAUUGGUCCAACUUCUUUGGUCAUCUACCAGGACAUCUUAACCAAGGAACAUUUAUUUGGGGCUUUCAAGGAGGAAACACCAACUGGAAGCCUCCACUCAACUGUAAGAUCUACAAUUACUUGAAUAGGAUUGGAUGUUUCUUCCUUCAUCCUCGAUGUAGUAAAAGAAAAGAUGCUGCUGAUUUUGCCAUAUGUAUGCAUGCUGGUCGUCUAGAUGAACAGCUGCCCAAGCAGAUUCCUUUCACCAUCCUCUCAGGAGAUCAAGGUUUUCUGGAGCUAGAGAAUCAAUUUAAGAAGACUCAGCGGCCAGCCCAUAUACUAAACCCUCACCACUUAGAGGGAGAUAUGAUGUGUGCCUUGUUAAAUAGCAUAUCCGAUACCACCAAAGAGUGUGACAGUGAUGAUAACAUGGGUGUGAAAAGUUCUUCUGUAGAAGAAUUGAGAUCCACGGAAGAUGUGGAACUAGAAGAAGCUAUUCGGAGGAGUCUGGAGGAAAUGUGAGAAGAGCUGCCUGGCUGCCUGGGGCUCAGUUGCUACAAACAGGAAGCCCUCUGGGAGGUCACAUGUUGGCUUUGUGUUUUGUGUUGUGUGCAGCUGUGUGCAAGGAUGAGAAUGUGUGUGAACACCGGUGCAGUCCGUGUGCCCUCACACACAGGAAGGGUCCCCGCUGACUCGGGGUUCAUACGCUCAGGUUAAGGGUUUUUUAAGAAGCUCUUGACUAUGUUUCCCAAAUAGCAUUACAUCUUUAGUUUUAUUUGUACUGUACAGAUGAUUCUAGUUUAUAUUUGUAGGAGUAAAAAUAAAAUAAAUGUAAAUAACUCAUUUUUUCCACAAA